AUGGUAACAGUGGGAGCUCUUAUGGACAGAGUGGAUCAUAUGGCAGCGGCAGCCCUGGAUCCUAUGGGCAGGGUAGACCAAGUGGAACAUAUGGCAGCAGUAAUCAGUAUGGACAGGGUGCGCCAUAUGGAAGCAGUUCCCAAUAUGGACAGGGUGCGUCAUAUGGAGGCAGUUCCCAAUACGGACAGGGUGGACAGAGUGGGACAUAUGGUGGCACCAGCCAGUAUGGACAGGGUGCAUCAUAUGGAGGCAAUUCCCAAUAUGGACAGGGUGGACAGAGUGGGACAUAUGGGAGUACCAGCCAAUAUGGGCAGGGUGCAUCAUAUGGAGGCAGUUCCCAAUACGGACAGGGCAGACCAAGUGGGUCAUAUGGCAGCUCCACCCAAUAUGGACAGAACUCAUCUUCCUCUGGAGGCAAUCAGACUAGUGGACAGGUAA